AUGCCGAAGCCACGGACGAAACGACAGGCAAUUCGCGACGAAAGAAAGGCCAAGCGACGCGAAAAGGCAAUAGCUGCUCAAGAAGUCAGUAAAAGUACGAAAAGGCGACGGUUGAACGAUGAAGAUGGCGAUGAUGGUGCUGUCCAACAAGAAGCUACAUUUCAAGAUGGAUAUGAUCAGGCCGAGAAUCGAAUUGGUGGACCGCCACAGGCCGAUCGAGAGUUCUUUGGAAUGCUGUCGGAUCAAGAACAGGAAUAUUUUCGCUCCGUUGACGAGCAGCUCGACAUAGACGACUUCCCUUCCCAAGAAGAACGGCAACUAUAUCUCGCCAGUGUCUUUGCCGAGGCACAGGGAAAGGAACUUAAGCUAGCAUGCAGUCAGUCAUGCUCGCGAUUAAUGGAGAGGUUAAUCUUGAUGUCCAACACGAGACAGAAGAAGAAACUAUUCGGCCAAUUUAGUAGUCACUUUUUAAACCUCAUUCAGCACCGCUUUGCAAGUCAUUGCUGUGAAACCCUAUUCCUACAAUCUGCACCCAUCGUCACUAGAGAACUUGGAGGUGCCCGCGAUGAUGCUCCUACGGAUCAAGACGAUCCGAACGAAGAACCCUUACCCUAUAUGGAAGAACUAUUUCUUCUCGCCCUUGACGAACUCGAGGGUCACCUCGGUUAUCUACUUGCCGACAAAUUUGCUUCUCACACUCUCCGUGUGCUCCUAAUCAUUCUGUCUGGGCGCCCCUUAGAACAAUCACAGACCAAGUCCCUCAUCCACAGCAAGAAGAAGGAAAAGAUAUCAGUUCCUUGGACAUCUGAUGGACCAACUGAGUCAAAUUCUCAAUUACGGGCCGUACCUAUGUCAUUCAACCUGGCCGCAAAAAAAAUUAUCGCCGACUCGGUUUCAAGCCUAAGUACCACAGAGCUCCGGGUAUUGGCUACGCAUCCUACUGGAAAUCCAGUUCUACAACUACUCUUAGAACUAGACAUUAGUCUAAACUCGAAGGCGACCGAAGACGGCUCUGAAGACAUGAUGUUACUAUGGAAACUUCUACCUGAUGCACCUUCUUCGUUAAAAGACGCAACCACACCGGCAUCAGAUUUUAUCAACUCGAUGUUAUACGAUCAUAUUGGCUCACGCCUCCUUGAGACUCUCAUUACUCAUUGUCCUGGAAAAGUGUUCAAGGCUCUAUAUAGACACAUCUUUGGGAGCCGGAUCCACAGUCUUCUACGUAAUGAUAUCGCGUCUUAUCCCGCUAUUCGUAUCCUCAAUCGACUUAGUAAAGAAGAUCUAGUAGUCGCCAUCCAAAAGACUUUACCGGAAUUCAGCAAACUUGUCGCGUUGUCAAGAUUCAACGUGAUCAAAACCCUGUUCGAACGGUGCCAAGCGCGCCAAGCCAUCAGCGAGAUAGAUAGUUUAACGAAAGCUUUAGUUGAAGCGCUCGGGUCAGAUCCCAAGUUUCUAGUCCCUAAGCUUUGCCUUCUACAGCCAUUGGAAACCGACGAUAAGAAGGAUCAAGAACUCCCCCAAAAGAACCGUUCAGCCUUAGUCUCACACGGCUCUCAUUUGACAACAACGAUGCUUUCUAUACCCGGGUAUCCUUCCAGCACAGUUCAAAAAUCCAUAACCGCUCUUCCGGAAGAGCUCAUUCUUCAACUCGCGACAUCAUCAGCGCCGACAUCCUACGUGUUAGUCAAUGCGUUAUCAACACCAUCGCGAAAUAAAGCCUUCCACAAAACCUUAGUCGUAGCGCUACGAUCACACUCAUUCCAGUUAGCUAUGUCCGAGUAUGGAAACAAAGUCCUUAAUUCAAUUAUUUCUAUUCCCUCUAAAGGUGACGGGAUAUCCAUACCUUUCCACUUCAAGGAAUUUAUCAUAGAACAGUUGGGCCAACAUGAGCAAGAAUUACGGGAGUCGUUUGAAGGUCGACGCACCUGGAGAACUUGGAAGGGUGAUCUGUGGAGGAACAGAAGGACAGAUUGGAUCUCCUGGGCUAAGGAACUCGAUUCUUCAACGGAGCAUGCGGCGACCGCGCCUCCGAGAUGGAGCGGUGCUAACGGUUAUAGUAUUAGAGAUACGACAAAGGAUGAUGAUUAUAUAAAGAAACGAAAGAGAAGCCUAGAUAAUGCGUUAUAG